CUCUAUUCUCGUGAUGUUAGCGGAUGGACCGAGACUUCGUCAAGCCCCGCCUCCUCUUGGUUACUGUUGCUAAGGGCCAAGUUUCUGCCGGAGUGAAUCAAAGAAGCAACAAAACAAACAACAGUUGAAACUCAACAGAUAGUUAACACAUAAACUACGAUCAAAACCAUAGAUUUUAUUUUAAAAACAAGGUAAACGUCAACAAAACAACAAACACGAACGACGUGACUGCAGUGAGUUCAAAGAAUGUACCACCUGCUACUGAGGGGAAGGUGUGCGCGCGUGUGCGUGCGCGUGUGGUUUCACUUCAUCGAACAACAUGGAACGGUCGCGUCUUCCGUUACUACUCUGCCUGAGUGUGGCGCUCUGCUGUAGACCCUCUGCAGCUCAUCUCUCUGUGCGUCCUGUCAGCUCCCAGUUCUUCAGCGGGACGCCCGUGUCUCUGAGCUGCUGGGACAACGGCGCCCCCUCCGGACAGACGCUGAGGAGGAACACGAGCCUGGACGUGAGGACGCCGUGUGACCACUGGGGACAAGCGCAUGCCUCCUUCUGUGUCUUCAGCUUCACUGUCCCAUUGGACAGCGGCGUUUACUGGUGCGAGUCCAGAGACGAAGUAGCCGGUGAUGUCAUCAACAUCACUGUGACAGAUGCACUGGUGAUCCUGCAGAGCCCCGCCCUCCCUGUGACAGAGGGACAAAAUGUCACUUUGACCUGCAAAACCAAAGCCCCGCCCUCAGACCUCCCCGCCGCCUUCUACAAAGAUGGCUUCCUCGUCGGGACUGAGCUGACACGUCACAUGACCAUCCAACGUGUCUCCAAGUCCAACGAAGGCACCUACAGGUGUGACAUCAGCGGCAUGGGCGAGUCUCCGUCCAGCUGGAUCAGGGUCACAGGAAACAGUCCAGGUGAACCUACAGCCAGGCCGCUGCCCCCUGACUCCACACACAUGCAGCUCGUGCUCAGAUUAAUCUGCCACCUGGUGGUGUUCUGUCCAUACUGCAUCUCCACCGCCCUCCUUGUGUUGCUGUAUCAACACAGAGCAAGAGGAGGUAACCGGUCGGUCUCCAUGGCAACAGACUCAACCAACCAAGCAGAGAAGGGAUUAGCUGCGUAUGAUGUCGGGACAGUGGGCGUGUCCUGAUUCCUGUUUCCAGGUGUAAAUCAUGGUGUGUUCCUGUUGAAGUCAGAAGUUGCUAUCUCCGAGUUGAGGGGGCGACCUCACCUACCCCAACAUAGGAUUCCUACUUGCACUGUCAAUCGCACUUCUAUCAUAUUUGCUUCACGGUAAAUCGACAUGUUGCUUUGCUGUUUGUGUUACAAAACACCGUGAAGAGCUGUUUUUAUCAUGUGGUGUUGCUAACAAUGGCUAGCGUGAGACAAGUUUGUGUCCAUGUAUUUUUUUUAUUCCCCCCAACUUCUUGGGACUCGCAGGUGACAUCGCGCCCAGUUCCAACAUCCAAUGUUGAUGAAGUCGGCCAUGUGGCCACUCUGCUGCCGUGAACGGCUGAAUUGUGAGGAUUUGACGUCUGUUAAUUUGUCAUAAUUUGUCAAAAUAAAAGCCCCACAUGUAAAUGCCAGAAUCAGAUGACAUCAGUAAGACAGAAAUCAUAUGCUCACUGACUUCACCAGUUAGCAUUAUUUUUUUAAUAAGAUACGAUAUAUAUAAGAUAUGUGUAUAUCUGUAUUAUUCUUAUAGUUUUUGACUUUGUAAUUUUCAAAAUUGCUGCUAUAAGAUUCGUUUCUGCUAUAACAUUCGUUACCUUUGUACACUGGAGCGCUGUGACGAAAGAAUUUCCCGCAAGGGAUUAAUAAAGUAUAUUCAAUUCAAUUCAAUUCAAUAUAUGUAUGCAUAAAUCACAAUCUUGCCUUUAAAACUUUGUAAAUAAGGCAAGCAGGCUUAAAAUGUAUGGAAUGGAAUUAAAUAUGAAUGGAAUGUAAAUGUAAAAUAAACCAUUGAUUAUAAACUA